AAACACUAUGGUGUCGUCUAAAUUAAGACUGAAGUUUUACGUGUUGACUCCCUGAGAUGCAGUUUUGAGGGAACUGAUACACGGAAGUGUAGUAAACGUGCAAGAUACAAAGAAAACAGCAAGUUUCCCCUGUUUACGGAAGUUCUCUUGCUUGUUGCAACGACAUUUCAUCCAAGUAGAAAAAAAACAACGAAGAGAGGCCACAAAAUCCGUCCAAAAUGCUAAAGCUGGUGAAGAAAUCCAUUGAGCGCAAUAAGUUCAUGAAAGACCUGCACAGCACACGGGAAAAGAAUGCCGAGAGAAGGGCCAGGAACGAGGGACCGAUGGUUUUCAACAAGCGGCUGUUCGCUGCGCAGGGCUCGGUGGUGAUCACCCUGGAAGCCCGGAAAGUUAUGGUGCGAAACGCGGUGAGUUUGGACCGGGAUCUGACUGCGAGUGAACUGUUAUCCAUGCGACCUGUGGCAGACGGUUUGAAACUGAUUCAUAACGGUUUGAAAUACGUUAAAGACGCUAUAAGCCAUGUCGUAACAUACGAAUCGUACGAUCAAGAUGUUUACGUCACCAAACAACCCCAGGAAGACCUACUGUCCUGUUACUACAUACUGAGUGGAUCGGUGGAAGUUACAUACGACAAACCCAGUCGAAACUCCAUGCAAGUGCACGAAAGUAACAUCAUCUACGCGCACGGUGUUGGAGAAUUCCUCGGUAUGGUAUCGCCGGAGGGCCCGAGUAGGGACCUGGCGCCGCCCGCUACCAUGUACACCACCGAACCGUGCGAGUUCCUGCGCAUAGAUAGACAGAAAUUUCACGAGAAAAUCAAAUCCCUCGCCAAAUUGCACAAGGAAGAAAAGGAACAUUAUCUUAACAACGUCAGCGUACUCAAGACACUACCCGAGGUGGAGAAAGAAAAGCUGAUGUCCGUACUAGUAAAACAGGAGUAUCCAGCAGGAAAGGUAAUACUGAGGCAGGGCGAGCCUGUACAUCACCUGUUCCUGCUUGUUAAAGGUCGCUGUGAGUGUCUAAGGCAGGUUACAGUGGACGAGACCAAGAACGAAGAGGUUUUCAGAGUCGGACGCUUGGAUGAAGGGGAUUUUUUCGGCGAGGAGGGAUUUCUGAACGGUGUGGACAGCUGCUGCAGUAUUGUAACCCUCAGCUGUGUGUCCUGUUUUAUCAUUAACAGAACAAACUUCGCUUCCAUCGUCAAGGAGCCGCUUGUCAACUUACUUACAAGUUAUCGAAAGGCGGUGUCCAGUGAUGACGUCCUGAAAGAACGAGGGUACGACAACGCCAUCUGGCGGCUGUACAAGCACGGCACCCUGCAGGUGGUGCAAAAAGAAAGUGGUCAAAACUUGACGUCUGACGACAACAGACCUCUUACUGUCACAAGGAAGGCGUCUGAUACAACCCCCAUGUAUCUGAAAAUAUACUCAGACCAUCCCUCAAGGUCGAAAUACUUCAGCAAGAGAUCAAAGAGUGCUCCAGCAGCAAUGAUGGGUUCAGACCAGACAAACUCGCUCUGGAAAAAACGCCUGGUGGCGCCCAAGUCUGCGGUAACCGCUGCAACCACCAAGAUAACCCUGGGACAGAGAUCAGAGAGUGAUGCAUCAUGGGCGUUUUCGUCAGACGAGACGUCGACUAUCAUCUCUGACAUCGAUAAGGAUAGUUCGGUGCCCUUUAUAGAGUCCACUCACGAGUUCCGACGUAGGUUCGCGGCUAGCGAGCUGGAAGCGCAAGGCAUCUCGGACAGGGCGCUGCAACUCAAGGCGGAGGCACUUAACGAGGUGGAGUCAUCAUACGCCAGGAGACAGGCUAUGAUGGACUCUGAAGAUGAGGUAGGCAAGAUGAGAAAGUCUAAGGAGCCUCUAGAAGAUGAAUCUCCUACUGUCUUAUCUCUUCUGACCAACGAAGAUGGGACCAAGGAGGAAGAGAAGUGGCAUACAGUUAUACAUGACGAACACAAACUAGCGGCAGAAACGCUGGCCGUCACCAGAAUCAGGAUGAUGUUUCUGCGCAGGCGCUUGGGCCGCUACCAAAGCGACAAACGGGAGGAGCAGAAGAAACAUCGCGAGAGGUUGGAAAAGUCUCGCGAGAGUUUCCAGGACAAGCUGCAGAAACUAAAAGAAGAAUCAGAGAGAGAAACUGACAAGUCAGACACAGAGAGCAAGGAAAAAGACCAAAGACCAGGCAGACUGCUCUUGUGA